AAUAAAUUGUAAUAUUAUACGUUAUAAUAAUUAUGUUCCUCGAAGAAGUUAAAACCGAACGUACGUAUUUUUGUUACAGAACGAUCGUUGACCUCUCCAACGCCAAAAAUAAUAGUUCUACCGAGUACGCGGAUACCAAUAAACAGAUUCUGACCACCAGUCUGACGUGUCACUAUGCUGCAGUGAUGGACGGCGAGGGCACGCUGGGCCGCGGUCACGGGAACGGGGGCCGUGGGCUGCGCCGUCAACGGUCCCUAGAAUGGAGAGAGAGGCGCGGUUACGGGCCCAGUGCUCAAUCGAGCAGCGACGACGAGGAGAAUUCCCGUCACGCCGUAGGCGCCGCGUCUGUUUCGUCCGCCGGUAGAGGCGCUCGCAGCCCGGGCCAGGUCUUCGCCUCCCUCUUGGCGCAACAGUAUGGAAGUGUUGGUGACCGAUCGUAUCGUACGGGGUCGGACACAGAGGGCGCAGCGACCACCGAUAAUCCGACAACACCGUUUCCAACGCCACCACCAACUUUGACGCCGAAUCAUCGACAGGCGUCUCCGUUUCCCCUGGAGAAUACCAACUCCCGCCGGCAUCAUUACAACGGGAGCAUAUCAUCGGAGAGGUCCCGCAAUGGCAACGGUGAAACGGUUUAUGCAGCGCCAUCGAAAAAGACGAGCACCGGCGGAGGGACCUUGGGGCGACGAACGCGGCGAGGUCACACCAGCGCUUUGAGCAGCAGUUCCACGGCUAGCGAUCGUUCCGAAACCGUCUUUCCAGACGAGCAUUCUCGCAUGCAUCUCACCAAUGCUCUGUCCAGGCCCAUUUACUUCACAGACACUGGUAGAGAUUCGCCGCCGGAGCCAGCGCCACCAGAAGUGCCGCCGCGUGGACCGUCUUUGCACGCGACCCACACACUGCGCACGCAGCAAAAUCGAAAUGGCUGUCCACCGAACGCCACGGGAAACUUUGCUGUGCCAACCGAUCAGAUGCAGACGGAAAAAUACUCGGAGUACUUGAUGUCAGGGAAUCCACGCAACUACCCGGCCGGUCCCCAGGGGUCGCUUCCACUCCGACCGUAACCAGACGCGAUCAAAAGGAGACGGAGAGAGAUGGGGAUUUAUGGGAGCUCGAUACGACGCCGGAGGUUAUUGAUCGGUUGAUUUAUUGGACAAGUCGAGUGUCGCCUCUUCCUGUUUUUUUCAACUUGUUCCUGUCUCGCUCGGUGAAGAAAUUUUGAUGAAUCGAAAAUGAUAUCUAUUUUUUCCUUUCGACAG